CACAAUGAAGUUUCCUAAAAUGUUGAAAAGGAAAACAAUGCAGAUUUUAUAAAUCUCUUUUCUAUGUUAUUUAUUCAUCAAACGUUGCGUAAUUAUAUAGUCUAAAUCAAUGAAAGAUAUUGUCUUUAGUGAUAUAAGACAAAUAUACCGUAGACUCAAGUUAGUCGUGAUUAUUUAAGAUCUGCCAAAUUGGUGGAAUCAAUAACAAAUGACACAUUUGGCAAUGCAAGAUAAUACAAACCCAGACGCCUUCUUUUAUGUUUAUCUUCUUGUUUUGAUCGCUCUCUUCCUCUCUUUUUUUAGUUUUAAUAGUAGUAGUAAUAGAUUUAGAAAUGUCUUCGAGUGAUAAAGAAUCUUUAGGUGGUUGGAUUCUCGGCUGGUUUAGUUCUUCUGAUAAGAAAAAAGACGAAGAAAAUCAGCCUAUCAAUAACGAUCAACAAGAAACAAAUUAUUCCAGGAACCAACAAACAUUGUCAUCACUUCGCUCGCAUAAACAGCAAAAUCCUUCUUCAUCAAAUGAACGUCCAAAUAGAAAUAGUGCUGCAACACUAAUACGCACAGACACUGAGUCCUAUCUCGACGCACCAAUGACACAGAAAAAACAACAAGAGGAUGGUGCACUUCGUAGAAAAGUAACCCGAAGACUCCAAUUGACAAAUAACAAUCUCGUGAUUGACUGUCCUAUUCCAGACAGACUAUUAGGCGCCUUAAGUUUUACUGAUCAAGACUACGAUGAAUUUUCGCAACUAAGAUAUACUGCAGCGACUUGCGAACCUGAUCAUUUUGAAUCUGAAGGUUAUACGCUCAGGCCAAAAAUAUACGAUCGUGAAACAGAACUGUUUAUAGUCAUGACAAUGUAUAAUGAAGAUGAAGUUUUGUUUACUCGUACAAUGCAUGGCGUGAUGAAAAACAUUGCACAUCUCUGCAGCUUAAAGAAGAAUCCAGUGUGGGGUCCAGAUGGAUGGAAAAAAGUAGUCGUUUGUAUCGUAGCAGAUGGUAGAAAGAUAGUUAAUAAGCGAGUACUGAAUGUUCUUGCUUCAAUGGGUGUGUAUCAGGCAGGAAUUGCAAAGAAUGUAGUUGAUGACAAACCAGUAAAAGCACAUAUAUACGAGUACACUACACAGAUUUCUAUUGAUUCUGACAUGAACAUAAAAGGCUCAGACAAGGGAAUCGUGCCAGUACAGAUCAUGUUUUGUUUAAAAGAAAAGAACGCAAAAAAGAUCAAUUCACAUCGUUGGUUCUUUAAUGCAUUUGGCCCUAUCAUUAAGCCCAAUGUAUGCAUCUUACUUGAUGUUGGUACAAGGCCUGGUAACAGUAGUAUUUAUCAACUCUGGAAAGCGUUCCAUAGAAAUUCUUUGGUAGGCGGCGCUUGUGGUGAAAUCCGAGUCAUGCUGGGCACUGCUUGCUGUCAACUCCUAAAUCCAUUAGUGGCUGCGCAAAACUUUGAAUACAAAAUGUCAAAUAUUCUCGACAAACCUUUAGAAAGCGUAUUUGGUUACAUAAGUGUACUUCCCGGCGCUUUUUCGGCUUAUCGAUAUGCUGCAUUAAAAAACGAUAUCAAUGGACAUGGGCCACUUGAAAAAUAUUUUAUUGGAGAAGACCUUCAUGGUAGUAGUAAGAACACAAGCAUCCAAAAGACAGGCUUGUUUGAAGCAAACAUGUACCUAGCUGAAGAUAGAAUCCUAUGCUUUGAGUUAGUGGCAAAAAAGGACGAAAGAUGGUUAUUACAAUACGUAGACAGUGCUUUUGGAGAGACAGAUGUACCAAAUCAGUUACCAGAAUUUAUCUCCCAGAGAAGAAGAUGGAUGAAUGGUUCCUUUUUUGCGGGCGUAUAUGGCUUAAUUCACUUCCGCAAGAUUUGGAGCAGUGGGCAUGGAUUCAGUCGUACCUUUCUGCUGAUGAUAGAAGGAGUUUACAAUGUGAUCAGUUUAGUUUUCAGUUGGUUUGCUGUGGGAAAUUUCUUUAUUGCUUUUUAUUUCAUUACAAAAAGUCUUUCAGAUCCUAGUGUAGAUCCAUUUGGAAACGGAUGGGGGGCUAGAAUAUUUGACUUUUUUAAAUAUGCGUAUGCUUUUUUGCUCUUUGUAGUAUUCAUUUGCUCCAUGGGCAACAGACCGCAAGGAUCAAAAUAUCUCUUCAUGAUCUGCCUUGUUGGAUUUGCUUUUAUUAUGUGCUAUAUGCUGUUUUGUUCUUCUUGGCUGAUCUACAAAGGAAUUCAAUUAGCUGCAGAAAGAUAUCAAUGGACUUAUGAUACUUCAACGAACUUUAUGAUAGCAAUGGAUGAUCCAGGUCUAAGAAAUAUGGUGAUUUCUCUCUCUUCCACUUAUGGUAUUUAUUUUGUCUCAAGUUGUCUCCAUCGCCAACCAUUUCAUAUGUUUACAAGCUUCUUGCAAUAUUUGCUGCUUAUGCCAGGCUAUGUUAACAUACUUAAUAUUUAUUCUUUCUGUAAUACUCACGAUGUCAGUUGGGGAACAAAAGGUGACAAUUCAAUUGCCAAAGAUUUGGGUGUAGUCAAGGUAUCCGAGAAAGAAAAAGGAGUAAAGACAGCAGAAAUCGAACUACCUGCAGAUCAGCAUGACAUUAAUUGCCAAUACGAUGAAGCUUUAUUUGCUUUGGAUGAAAAGCCCAGAAGAGAUGAGGAGAGUGGCAAUUCAUUAACAAAAGAUGAUUAUUAUCGUUCUUUUAGAACUCAUUUAGUCUUGGCUUGGAUUGCUUGUAAUGCAUUACUCGUUAUUUUUAUCACAGCUUCUGAUUACCAAUCGAUAUUCAGCGAAUCAGUUGGCGUAACGUACAUGACAAUUUUACUAUGGGUCAACUUUGGCCUAGGACUAUUUCGAUUUUUAGGUUCUUUUAUAUUUCUUAUCCUGAGCAUCUUUACAUCAGGAUAAAUAAACAUCAGCGAUACGCAUGAAAAUGAAC